AUGGGGGCUUUUGGCGAUUCCUUCGUGGUGAGCUUCCUCGCUCAAUAUUGGCUUCCGAUAGCCAUCUCAGCUGUUGUGGCACGGCUGGUGAUAAACCGAUACCACAACGGCCUGAACAACUACCCAGGACCAUUCCUAGCCUCGUUGACAGACUUCUGGCGCAUGUGGGAUGUGUAUGGUCAACGACCCGAAAUAACACAUCAGAAGCUGCACAUAAAGUACGGCGACGUGGUGCGGUUAGGGCCCAACACUCUAUCCUUCGCAGAUCCAAAGGCUUUGAAAGCGAUAUACGGGCUCAACAAGGGAUUCGUCAAGUCCGACUUCUAUGUGGUUCAGCAAUCUACGGUGAAGGGCCAUAGCCUAGCAUCUCUCUUCAGCACCACAGACGAGGGCUUCCACGCACAAUUCCGACGAUGUGUAAACUCGGCCUUCGCCAUGUCCGCCCUGGUGCAAUAUGAGCCGUUCGUCGACAAUACCACGAAACUGUUUCUCAAACAGACACAGCGCCUUUUCGCCGCCAGCCCGGACGGAUGUAACUUCACAGAGUGGUUGCAGUUUUACGCUUUCGACGUGAUUGGUGAGAUCACAUACAGCAAGCGCCACGGCUUCAUCGAGAAGAAUGAGGACAUUGACGGCAUUGUCAGCUACCUCGGGAACCUGUUUCUAUACGUUGCGCCGAUCGGUCAGAUCCCCUGGCUCGACCUCCUGUUCCUCAAGAACCCCAUCUACCUCAAGCUCGCGAAAUGGGGAUACACGGACGCCACGAUGCCGGUGGCCAAGUUCGCGCGCGACCGCAUGGCCGAGCGCCUGGGUCCCAACCUGAAGGGCGACGACGUGGACCCUUCGAAGCCGCUGUUGCCGCUCUCGGCCGACGGCGACAAGGCAGCCAUGCAGAACAAGUCGCCGGACCUGCUGUCCAAGUUCCUGGCGGCACGAGACGCGCGCCCGGACUUCAUGACCGACACGCUGGUGCAGACCAUGGCCGUGUCGAUGGCCUUCGCCGGCUCCGAGACGACGGCCAUCUCGCUCGCGAGCGUCUUCUACUACCUUCUUCGCAACCCGUCGGCUCUCGCCCGGCUGCGCACAGAGCUCGACGACGCGGCUCGCGCCGGCGCGUUCGGCGACUACGACGAGGGCCUCGUCACCUGGACCGAGAGCCAGCGCCUGCCGUACCUCGACGCCUGCAUCAAGGAGGCCUUCCGGCUGCACCCGGCGGCCGGGCUGCCGCUCGAGCGCGUCGUGCCGGAGCCCGGGGCGGAGAUCGCGGGGCACUUUGUCAAAGGCGGCAGCAUCGUCGGGUGCUCGGCCUGGAUCAUCCACCGCAGGCCCGAGAUCUGGGGCGAGGACGUGGAUGUGUAUCGCCCGGAGCGGUGGCUCGUGGACGAGAGUGUGAAAGCCUCCGGGAGCGAGGCUGGGGAGGCUUUGAGGCGGGAGGAGACGCGCGUGCGCGAGAUGAAUGGCAUGAUGUUCCAAUUUGGCAUGGGCAGCCGCACGUGCAUUGGCAAGAAUAUCAGUCUGCUUGAGAUCUAUAAGCUUGUGCCGAGUCUGCUGCGGCGGUUCGAUAUCCGCUUCAAGGACCCCAGCCAGGAGUGGAAGCUCGUUAAUGCUUGGUUCGUCAAGCAGUCCAACUUCCAGGCCAUGUUCGAGAUGCGCGACCUGGUGCGGCCUGAGAACGGGAACGAGAACGAGAAGGAGGUUGCUGCUGCUUAG